AUGCAUUGCCGCUCUUGGCGCAUACAAUCCCUCUUUCCGAGGUUCUUGAGGGGAUUCGCCUCUCAAACAGACCAGGACGUCCAAGUUGCGAGGGAUUGGCUCAAGACCCUCAAUUCCAAAACCGUCCCUCGCCACAUUUGCGAGGUCUCGUUCAGUCGGUCCAGCGGUCCGGGCGGCCAGAAUGUGAACAAAGUGAACUCCAAAGCCACUUUAAAAGUCCCAUUGGGGUCCCUAUUGCCUUUGGUCCCAAGACUGCUUCACCAGCCCCUGCGCGACUCCCGUUACCACGCCGACCGAUCCCAGUCUUUGGUGAUUCAAGCCGACGAGGAACGAAAGCAGUCUAACAAUGUGGAGUCAUGUUAUGACAAGCUCUUUCAGUUGUUACAGACGUCGGCUAAGGCCGUCAUCCCCGGGGAAACUACCCGAGAGCAGCGAGACCGCGUCCACAAGUUGCAACGGGCACAGAACGAGGGUCGGAUCAAGGCCAAGAAGCAACACAGCGAGAAGAAAAGCAGUCGGCGGGGAAGUAAAUACGAUGAUUAA